AGGAACAUUUGGCUGCUCUUGAGGAUGAACUUGAUGAUUGAAUUUUUAUUUUCUCAAUAAGUUAGAAUCUAUUGUAUUAUUAUAGACAUUUAAAUAUGUUGUAUUAUUACAUUGACUUAUAUUGAGUUUAAUUGAUGUUUGAUUAGAUAUUGAAAUUUGUUGUCUUAUUGACUGUUAUUUGCUUUGUAUUAUUUGUUUACUUUGCCUUUGAAAUUUGAUUAGCUUUUCAUAUUGGGAUUGGUAUUAUGUGAUUAUGUUAUUAUGUGAUAGGAUGGCACCAAACAAUAAUAAGGAGAUUGUGAACUAGACAAGAUUAAUGGAUGAUGCCCUCGUUGAUGCUUUCAUGAAUGAAUAUAAUGAGGGUCACAAAGUUAAUGGUACUUUUACAACUACAGCUUAUGAUAAUAUAUGUAAAUAUUUGAGUGCUUUAUUCGGUAAACAAAUUGACAAGGAAAAGGUGAAAAAUCGAUGGAAGACUUUAAAGAGAAACUUUUCAGAUGUUUAUGACAUUUUCAAAAGUUUGAGUGGGUUCGCUUGGAAUCCAACAACUCAAGUAUGGGAUGCUGAGCCUGAAGUUUGGGAUGCAUUAAUUGAGGCUAAACCUAAAGCAGCAUUGUGGAGAACUACUUCUUUUCCAAACUAUGAAAAAAUGAUGAUAUUAUAUGGAGUAGAUAGAGCUAAUGGAGAUGAGGGUGAGACAGCACGUGAGUAGAGAAAGAGACGUCGUUCUCAGGAAGAAGUCACUGAGACCGUCAAUGACAUUAACAAUAUUGUCUCACAAAAUAGAGCCACAAUUAAUGUUGAGCUUGAUGGACAAGAAAACUCACCGAGACAAGAAAACUCACCUGACCAAGAGCACUCACCCACUAUUAAUAGUGCAUGCAGUAAGAAGACAAAAAGGGUGUCUAAGGAGAAGGAGGCUAGUCUAAAUGAGUUGACACGAGCAGUGUUAGCUGUGGCUGAGGCAAUUCAACAAGGAAAUGUGAUGAUAGGACAAAGUUUCAAGAAGGUGCCAUAAUUGUCAGGUGAAGAAAUUUGGAAAAUGCUUGAAGAGUGUGGGAUUGAUGCUGCAAGAUUACCUGACAUAUAUUGGUUUCUUAUGACUGAUAAUGAUAGGCUUAGAGCAGUAACUCAAUGUCCAGCACCAGUAUGGAAGGAUGUGAUAAUGAGGAUGUUUUAUAGUUCUAAUUAGAUGAUGACUUUUAUUGAUAAUUUUUGUAUAUUUUGUUAGCUAAAUGUCAAAAUGUG